UGUACUUGCCGCCGUUUGCCUAAGAUAGAAAUGUUGAGGGCUUUCUCUCAGUAUCAGAGAAGCUCGUUGUCUCUGUGGAGAAGAUCAAGAAACGAACCGUACCGUAUCUUCUCCUCCGGUUCUUUCUGUACGGACACUACCACCAACACCACUGAUGAGUUCCAGAGCUCGAAGCUCCAGAUCUUCGAUCGCCACCUCAAACGCAAACAGCGUGAUCGAGCUGCUUGGUUGAUGCGUCCGAAGGAUUGUUUUGUUGAUACUGUUGCUGAGAAUCUAUUGGAUCGCUUGGAGGAUUGUAAAAAAGCAUUUCCCACAGCAUUAUGUUUGGGUGGUUCAUUGGAAGCUAUCAGGCGUUUGUUACGUGGUCGUGGUGCCAUUGAAAAGCUCAUCAUGAUGGAUACAUCAUAUGACAUGGUAAAAUUUUGUAAGGAGGAUGCUGAGAAAGACGUGCAUAAUGAAAACAUUGAAACGUCCUUUAUAGUUGGCGAUGAGGAGUUUUUGCCUAUCAAAGAGAGCUCUCUAGAUCUGGUAAUAAGUUGCUUGGGGCUCCACUGGACAAAUGAUCUUCCAGGAGCCAUGAUACAGUGUAGAUUAGCGUUGAAGCCGGAUGGCCUGUUUUUAGCAGCUAUCCUCGGUGGAGAAACCUUAAAGGAGCUGAGAAUAGCAUGCACUGUGGCACAAAUGGAGCGUGAAGGAGGCAUCAGUCCACGAAUAUCACCUUUGGCACAAGUGCGGGAUGCAGGGAAUCUUUUGACUAGGGCAGGCUUCACCCUUCCUGGUGUUGAUGUUGAUGAAUAUGUUGUUAAAUAUCCAAGUGCUAUGGAGCUGAUAGAACACUUGCGUGCAAUGGGUGAAACCAAUGCCCUUCUUCAAAGGAAUGCUAUCCUAAAGAGAGAAACAGCCCUGGCAACCGCAGCUAUUUAUGACUCAAUGUUUGCUGCAGAAGAUGGCACCAUCCCUGCAACCUUCCAGGUUAUUUACAUGACAGGAUGGAGGGAACAUUCUUCUCAGCAGAAGGCUAAAAGGAGGGGAUCUGCCACCGUAUCCUUCCAGGACAUCCAGCAGCAAUUUGGAAGUGAGAGUUGAGCUGUCUCUCUCUCUAGCUUACCUUUGAUGAACAUUUUCAACCAAUGGAAUAAUUUAACAUGA